CCUCGGCCCUGAAACUUGAAGCAGGGUAGGGGUCCAGCAUGAAGCCCCCGGACCGCCCCACCCCUGGCCGCACUGACCGGAUACUUGGGGUCAUGGGGGGCAUGCUGCGCGCAUGCGCCGUACCCGGGCAGGAGGGGCCCCCGAAGAGAGAUUCCUUAGGGCCUGGGAGUACCAAGACAGAGAGUGAUUGUACCGAGGAGGAUCAAACAGGGGAGCGCGAACCUGAGGUCCGCGCCUGGGCUUUGCAGCCGGAAUCCUAUUCCAUUGCGGGUAGUGAGGGGAGCAGAUCAGCGUCCGCUGCCUCGGGUCUAGCUGCCCCGUCUGGCCCCAGCUCUGGUCUCAGCUCUCAUCCCUGUUCUCCAGUCCCCCCUGGGCCAGUAAGUGGCUUGAGGAAAUGGUUGGAUCAUUCCAAACAUUGUCUCAGUGUGGAAACUGAGGCAGACAGUGGUCAAACGGGACAAUAUGAGAAUUGGAUGCUGGAACCAACGCUAGCCACAGGAGAAGGGUUGCCAGAGCUAACCUUGUUGACUACAUUGUUGGAGGGCCCUGGGGACAAGACACAGGCGCCUGAAGAGGAGGCUUUGUCUCAAGCCCCCCAGAAUGAGGAAGAACGGAAGAGGGCAGCCCUGGAAAGGAGUAUGUUUGUCCUGAGCGAGCUGGUAGAAACAGAAAAAAUGUACGUGGAUGACUUGGGACAGAUUGUAGAGGGUUACAUGGCUACCAUGGCUACUCAGGGCGUCCCGGAGAGUCUCCGAGGUCGUGACAGGAUUGUGUUUGGAAACAUUCAGCAGAUCUAUGAGUGGCACCGAGACUAUUUCCUGCAGGAGCUGCAGCAGUGUUUGAAAGAUCCUGAUUGGCUGGCUCAGCUGUUCAUCAAACAUGAGCGCCGGCUGCAUAUGUAUGUGGUCUACUGUCAGAAUAAGCCCAAGUCAGAACAUGUGGUGUCAGAAUUUGGGGACAGCUACUUUGAGGAGAUCAGGCAGCAGCUGGGACACCGUCUGCAGCUCAACGACCUCCUCAUUAAACCUGUGCAGCGAAUUAUGAAAUACCAGCUGUUGCUCAAGGAUUUUCUGAAGUAUUACAGCAGGGCUGGGAUGGAUACUGAAGAGCUGGAGCACGCCGUGGAGGUCAUGCGCGUCGUGCCCAAGCGCUGUGACGAUAUGAUGUCGCUGGGGAGACUGCGGGGAUUCGAGGGAAAACUGACGGCUCAGGGGAAACUCUUGGGCCAGGACACAUUUUUGGUGACAGAGCCUGAGUCUGGGGGUCUGCUUUCUUCCCGGGGUCGAGAGAGACGUGUCUUCCUGUUUGAGCAAAUCGUCAUCUUCAGUGAGGCACUGGGAGGAGGAGGUCGAGGUGGCACACAGCCUGGCUAUGUGUACAAGAGCAGCAUCAAGGUGAGCUGUCUAGGACUGGAGGGUAACCUCCAAGGCAACCCUUGCCGGUUUGCGCUGACCUCUAGGGGGCCAGAAGGUGGGAUCCAGCGCUAUGUUCUGCAGGCUUCAGACCCUGCAGUCAGUCAGGCCUGGAUCAAGCAAGUGGCCCAGAUCCUGGAAAGCCAGCGUGACUUUCUCAAUGCAUUGCAGUCACCCAUUGAGUACCAGAGACGGGAGAGCCAGACCAACAGCCUGGGGCGGUCAGGAGGGCCUGGGGUAGGGAGCCCUGGGAGGAUACGGCCUGGAGACCUGGCCCAGGUCAGCAUGCACACACCCAUCAAUGGCUCCCUCCCUUCCUUGCUGCUUUUGCCCAAGGGGGAGGUGCCCAGAGCACCCUUACCCCUGGAUAUACAGGCUCUGAGUGACACCCCCCAGACUCCUCGCCACCCUCCAGCCCUUCCAGCUCUGAGCACCCCUCCCAGUCAGGCCAGGCUGGCCAAGCUGGACGAAGAUGAGCUGUAGUGAUGAAGAUGAGCUGUAGGUGACGAAGGCCUCUGGCAUGGUGCUGAUUCGGCCACUGGUCCCUUGAGGAACUGGAGGACAAUCCUGGCGAUGUGCCAGAGACCUUUCUUCCUGCCGUGUGGGGGAUGGGCAAAGCUGGGAGAGCUCAACAUGGAGGGGCCUACCUAGACCUGCAAGGCCUCCGGUCUGCACAAGGAACGCAGGAUGCAGGAUCCAUCAGCUCCGCUCCAUGCAUGCGUCCCACAGACGGAGGACGUGUAGGGCUUGGAGGGAGGGCGCGGGCUGGGACC